GCGCAUGCGCGCUGGUGGCGGGCUCGGACUCUCGGCCGGGCGCGCGCCGGGGAGCCCGUCCGGGUCUGAGGACCGGCGUGCGCGCGCAGGCCAAUCAAAAGGCAGACAAUCUUUGCAAUAACAGCAAAAUAUCCCUGUGAAGGGAGCUGAUGAUCACUUGCCAUGGCCUACGGGUUGCCAAGGAAGAAUACUGUGAAAUGGAUUUUACAAAAAAGUUGCUAUACUGUGCAGGAGCCCUGGAAGCUUGCUGUCCUCAUGAGGCUCUUGUUAGAGAACCUCCAGAAAAUUAAGGUGCCUCUUUUCGAUGACAUUCAGCAUGCCAGUCUUUUACAGCUCAGGUCGGUGAAAACGGUCAGGCACGGACAACUUCCUUCAGCCCAGACCCUUGCAACUGAACGGGAGUAUGAACAGAAAAGAUUAAAGGAAAUUGAACUGCGGAAUAAAAUGGCAAAUGAGAUAGAGUCACUUCUAAAAGGCAAGAAAGGUGGUUUGAGAAAACCUCUUCCCCCACAUCAUGGCCAGGUUCUCAGUGAAGGCCUGCCCCUGCCUCCAUGUCCUGGAGAGACCCAAACCCAGGAUAGCCCAAGCCUAGCCCACAGACCAGUACAAGUGACCACCGGUGAAGGGGUGAUCAGCUUCUCUACCUGAGAUCUGCUCUGGGCCUUUUCUCUCAUGGACCAUCAGCUGUGCCUUCUCAGACCCAGCCUGAGUCCCUAAGUAAUAAAAAUUCA